AUGUAUGCAAUUGCAUUAUACCUUUCCCUAGUGUUGGGAAUAGUCCUAUUCCCUUUCCUCAUACCCAUCAGAUCAAAGAAUGCCACUCAUCGACUAUUGAAGAGAGUUCUCACAGUGUCUUUCAUCAUAUCUGCCUUGGCCGCAAUAGCACCAGAAACAGCCAGGAUAGGGGCUCCUUUUCAUAAAUAUGGACAACCAAAGAUUGCUUUUUUUGGAUGUAACUAUCAGAUACAGUUGACGACUGCACGCUUUUGCGAUAUGAACCGAACGUUUGAAUGGUGCUAUUGUAACAACUUUAAUGCAUUUUCCACUAUUGCUCAUUGCUACCAACAGGGACAUCCCAACCAGACUGAUUCGUUAUUGGAAAUGUGCCAGCAGUACAAUCGAACGAUUGAACGUGACGCUUUCGUGCAUGCUGAAACUUACUAUCAUGAUCACGCAAAAUCCAUUCAAGAUAUCCCCAACUUCCAACCAAAUACAGUAGUUGAUUUCCCUGUCAAGUUGAACACAACUGAGACGUUUAUUUUCAAGAGCGCUUACAACAACUUCUUGGGCAAUUUCGAUUUAUCUGUUAAUUAUGGGGCAUACUUGGUUCUUUACUGGGUUAUCGUGUUCGUCUUGGUCUCAGUGGGAAAUUUGUCCAAAAUAUUCUUUCAUGGUUUGAAUAAGAGAUUAACUGACCCGCUCUCUAACUGGUUUAGAAAGCUGAUCUCAUUACCUGCCACAGGACGCCGAAGAAAGACGAAUGAAAAACGAUUUGCUUACGUUUUGGAUUUUUUAGUCCCAACUAGAGCCGAGACUUUAAUAUUGACUACAUUCCUAGCACUUUGCAUAUUCCUUUUGACUAAAAACAUCAGUUACACUGAAGGGGAUCCGUUGUUUCAAAGUAGGAAGAUGGCUUACCUUAGAUAUUAUGCUGUUAGGGCUAGUAUAUUAUCGAGUAGCAUGAUGCCAUUGCUCAUACUUUUUGGAGGUAGGAAUAACUUUUUACAAUGGGUUACUAGGUGGGAUUAUUCGACAUUUAUAACGUUACACCGAUGGAUUUCAAGGAUCGUCGUCGUGCUUAUACUCAUUCACUCAGUCAACUACGGGUUAUACAUAAGAAUAAGGGGAGUUGAAAUUAAACCAUAUAUUUAUUACGGAGUAGCUGCAACGUAUGCUGGUAUUGCAAUCCUAAUUCAAGGGCUUUUAGUGUUGCGCCGGAAAUGGUACGAGGCCUUCUUGUUAAUCCAUAUUCUUCUCGCAGCAGUGUUUAUAUUUGGGGCUUGGAUACAUGUUGAACAGUUGUACUGUGUCUGGUUCUACUAUGUGUCAGCUAUGAUUUGGGCCUUUGACAGACUUAUAAGAGUGUGCCGUCUAUGGUCUUUUGGAUUCCCAGAAGCUAAAGUUUACCUACUAGCAGAUGAAACAUUAAAGAUCGUAGUGCCAAAACCACAUGGCUGGGAAGCAGUUCCUGGAGGACAUGCUUUUAUCCAUUUUUUGCGCCCAAGUUGUUUCUGGCAAUCUCACCCAUUUACAUAUACUGCUACCGACGAUGAGAUAAUGUUGUUUAUCAAAGUUAAAAAGGGGGUAACUCAAUCGAUGUCCAAUUACUUAAUUACCCACAAGGAUAAGUACACAAAAGUUCGAGUAGCCAUUGAAGGGUCAUAUGGAGAGCAAACACCGGCAGGAAAGUACAACACUUCUGUAUUUAUAGCUGGUGGUAAUGGAAUACCUGGUAUAUACGCAGAGGCCAUGGAACUAUUAAAUCGUGGGUCUAAACAGAGGGUGAAGCUAAUAUGGGUGGUAAGAGAGUUUUCGUCCUUGUUUUGGUUCUAUGAUGAAUUGUUACAGUUGCGUGGCAAAGACAUUGAGACCAUAGUUUACGUCACGAGGCCGAACUCUUUCAUCAGUGCAGAUGAUUUCCGCAAACGCAUAAAUUCGCUUGAGACAGAUGCAUUGUUAGACACCAAUGAAUUAACACCACUAAUGAAAGUGCCAAAAAGACGAUUGGACCUGGCAAAUAAUUCAAGUGUGCUUACCACUUCUGAUGAAGAAACAGAGUUUGAUCAAAGAAUCAAGCACGAGUUGCCACAUAUUACGUUUGUCGAGUCAAGACCAAACAUUGAUAAAGUUGUCCUUACCAGCAUCGAAGAAUCGAUGGGAUCGGUAUGUUUUGUGACAUGCGGACAUCCGGCCAUGGUUGAUGAUUUGAGAUCAUCGGUGGUUCUCCAUAUAAAUAAUGCUGACCGUAAACGGAUCGACUAUUUUGAGCAACUACAAGUGUGGGCCUAA